GUAAUAUCCCAGUGGACUGCUUCCAAACCUACAGCACCACAUUGUCUACAUGUCCAGGGUUCAGGGUUUUCAUCUUGACCUGGUGUAUGACGUGGUGUUGUCGGGUAAUUGAGUCCUGUCUGGGAUGCAGAGUCUCUGUCCGCUGGUCGAGACGUGGUGUCAACGUGUCGAGGCAACCACGUGCAGCCGUCUGGACGGAGUCGUGUCGAGAA